CGUUUCGUGUUUUGAUGCAAUUGCUUUUAGCGCAAUCGAAUUUUUAUCAACAUUUAAUUUAUUAUAGUUAAAGAUAUACAAAUAUUUAUGUUAUCGCAAAAAUGUCUACGAGAAAUUAUAUUUCGAUGCAGCAAAAGUAUAAUCGUGUGAUUGUGCUGGUGGACAUGGACUGUUUCUUUUGCCAAGUGGAAGAAAAACUAGAUCCGCAAUUGAAAGGACAACCUUUAGCAGUGGUGCAGUACAAUGCUUGGCGAGGUGGUGGUAUUAUAGCGGUAAAUUAUGCAGCGCGUGCCAAGGGCGUUACGCGCCACAUGCGAGGCGACGAGGCAAAGGAGAAGUGCCCAGAAAUACAAUUGGUAAAAGUGCCUAAUAUACGCGAAAAGGCCGACUUAGACAAGUAUCGCGAAGCGGGCAAAGAGGUGGCAAAUGUUUUACAACGUUUUACACCGUUACUGGAGCGUGCUUCGGUCGACGAGGCAUACUUAGACAUAACGGAAGCGGUUAAUAAGCGCUUGGGUGAUAUGAAUGCAGGUUCAUUUAUGCUACAGCCACAAGGAUUAGUAAAUACCUAUGCUGUUGGUUACGCUGGGAUAGGCGAAUAUGUCAAUUUGAUUACAAACCGUUUCAAUAAUCCUAACACAGAGGAUAUUGAUUUAGAAUCUGGUGCGUUCGCCCAAGCACAUGAUGCCGCCGACAUGGCUGCAACACGUCAUAGUGAUAUACGCCUGCUUAUAGGCGCUGCCAUUGCGGGUGAAGUGCGUGCCGCUGUCAAGGCGGAGACAGGCUACGAAUGCUCUGCCGGUAUUGCACACAAUAAAAUACUCGCAAAAUUAGCGUGUGGCAUCAAUAAACCGAAUAAGCAGACUAUUUUGCCACUGACGCAGAUUCCGGUGUUAUUUGAAACGUUGCCGCUUGGCAAAAUACGUGGUUUGGGUGGUAAAUUUGGCGAAGAGAUUUGUGCUAACUUGCAAAUACGAUUUUUAGGAGAGUUGUUACCGUAUUCGGAGCAGGAUUUACAACGUAAAUUUGACGAGAAGAGUGGCACUUGGCUCUAUAAUAUAUGCCGGGGUAUUGAUUUGGAGGCGGUUACACCGCGAUUUUAUUCAAAAAGCAUUGGUUGUUGCAAGAAAUUUCCAGGACGUAACAACAUUACCGGGUUGAAUACACUGCGGCACUGGCUGAGCGAGCUGGCCAAUGAAGUAUGCAAUCGCAUGGAAAAGGAUAUGAUUGAGAAUAAUCGUCGUGCUAAACAAAUGGUUGUCAGUUUUGUGCAAGAAUUUGACAAUGAGGAGGUAUCCAGUUCACGUUCAGCACCACUCAAUGGUUAUGACAAGGAGACAUUAACAAAAUGCAGCUUAGAUGUUAUACAGUCACAUACCAAACAAUUCUUCAAAACAGGCAAUACUUUGGCACUGAACAAUCCCAUAAAAUUUUUGAGUAUCAGCGUGGGCAAAUUUGAAACAAUACAAAGUGGACAGAGUAAAUUACAGGAAAUGUUCGCGAAUAUGGCAGCUAAGAGGAAAAACGAAUCCGAAGAUACUUUGAUUCAGACGCGCUAUGUAAAUAACGGUAAAGACACGCAAGACCAAGUCGAGUUGCCCGUUGCUAAGAAACCAACUUUUAUGGAAAAUUUUUUGCGACGUGGCUGUGAACAAAAUGCGAAUACUGCAACAAAUACUAACUCGGAUGCAGCUAUGAUAACUGCAGAGUCUGGAGAAAAGGCAACGUGCACAACUAAUGUGCAGUUCAAUACCAAUACAACAGACUCAGGAAAUGUAACGGCAAUACAGAGUACAAUAAAUAAUACGAUGAAGACUACACAAUCACCAGAAAAAAACAGCUUCUUUCUUAAUGCAUUGAAAAAACAAAUGAUUACGGAAGGCGAGUGUAAGCCUAAUGAGCCUAAAAAAACUGAUAUCUCGAAAAGUUUUUUUGCAAAGAUUUUAAAGAAUUCAAAAGACGAAAUUAAUUUAACCGAAAUAGCAACUCCAAGCAAUCUGCAGAUAUCUUCAGAAGAUGCAUGCAAUACAACCACUUUCCAAAGUAGUGUUGAUGACGUAGAACAAUCCGUUGCGGAAAUGCCACAGAUUAAUGAGCAGGCGUUUGAAACUGGGAGAGUUGUUACUACUGAAUCUCCCUCUAAAUCAAAUGAAAAUGUUGGCUUAUCAAGAAAUAAGCGUAAAUACGCAACCGUUAUAACCAACCCAUCCCCGCCGCAUGCAUUGCAUUUAAGCAACAUACCAGUAAAUUCAAAGCAUACUCCUUCGGAAACCUAUGAAACCAGCUAUGCAGAAUUUGCAGUACCUGAAUUGCGUACAGAAUUUCUCCAAAUGACGAAAUGUGAAAUUUGUAAAGUUGAAGUACCAUCAGAUGCACGUUCAAUACAAUUGCAUCAAGAUCACCACAUAGCCAUGCAGCUCAGUCAGCAACUACGUCAAGAAUAUCGCACAGAAAUUAAAACUCAGUUAACUGCUAACAAGUCCACAUCGACUGCGGCGGUACCUAAGAAAAAAUCGAAAAAAUCACCUGUACAAGCAACAAAAGUCGCAGGUGGGAAAAUUGGCACAAGUAUAACCAAGUUUCUGAAGCCUAAUGUUGUUGGUGCCGCAACUUCUUCGAAUGUGUCUGAAAGCGUAGCGGCAUCCGAGCAUGCUGCCGCGCCAAUCAACAUCUUGGAUGACACUGUAGAUGCGGUGAUUUGCGAGGAAUGCAAGGCGCCCAUAAUAAACACUGAGCUGCAAGAGCAUAAAGAUUUUCAUGUAGCCAAAGCACUGCAGCGCCAACUCAACAUGCUGGAAGUGCGCACCGUGUCUCUUGUCAAGCCGAAUACCGCUUGCAACAGCGCAUUGAACACAACUCAUUCAAGUAUUAAAAAUAGCAAACCAAUUACACAAUUCUUUUCACAAUCAAAUUGUUAGAUGCUGUGUUAGAUAGAAAGAAUCUCAAACAGUGAAAAAUAUACAAAUAGCUACUACAUCAA